GGCGGCGGGAAACCCCUGUCGCAUGGGUCUCGGAUCGCGGUGGCGGUCGCUGUCGGCAUCGCGCUCGGCUGCGUCUGCGCCUUCCUCUACCCCGACGGCCUCUUCCGCCCGUCUGCCUCUGCCCUCCAAUGGUCGCGCCACGGUGAGGUAUGGGACGCAGGAAGGUCGGCCAAGCAAUCAACUUUGGUCAUGACAUUCCCCAUUUACAUGUUUUCAAUCCUGUUCAUGUUGUGCACAUCAGGACUCAAGGUCCAGCUUGGAUGGCAUUAAGAGCUAGUUCAGAUUGGACUCAAGUUGAGCUCAGUUUAGACUUUAGAGUCCUAAACUCCCACUAUGAGCCAAGUCUGGUUGACUCAACUGCUUGCGAAUCAUCAGGGCGAGUUACCAACCUUGAGUCCCAGUUGGCAUCAUUGGAGAGAAAGAAUGCUGAACUGAGGAGGCAGAUUAAUGAAUUAUCCAUGAAACUUCAAUUGGCUGGACAAGGAAAAGAUGAGACCUUGUACAAGGCUGGUCCUUUUGGAACUGUCAAGGCUUUGAGAACAAAUCCAACAGUAAUGCCUGAUGAAUCUGUUAAUUCCAGGCUGGCCAAGAUACUGGGAGAGGUUGCUGUCAAGAAAGAACUUAUUGUUGCAUUGGCAAAUUCUAACGUUAGGGAGAUGCUUGAAGUUUGGUUUACCAAUAUCAAACGAGUUGGUGUUCCAAACUUCCUAGUUGUGGCAUUGGAUGACAAUAUAGAAAGCUUCUGCAAAUCUAACGGUGUUCUGGUCUACCGGCGUGAUCCUGAUGAAGGUAUCGACAACAUUGCAAAAACGGGUGGGAACCAUGCCGUUUCUGGACUAAAGUUUCGUGUUUUAAGGGAGUUCUUGCAGCUUGGAUAUAGUAUUCUCCUCUCUGACAUUGAUAUUAUUUUCCUGAGGAACCCAUUCGAUCACCUUUACAGAGAUUCUGAUGUAGAGUCCAUGAGUGAUGGCCACAACAACAUGACAGCUUAUGGCUUCAACGAUGUGUUUGAUGAGCCAUCUAUGGGCUGGGCCAGAUAUGCACACACAAUGCGGAUCUGGGUUUACAACUCCGGCUUUUUCUAUAUAAGACCAACAAUUCCUUCGAUUGAACUUCUGGAUCGAGUAGCUGACCGCCUUUCUCAUGAGAAGGCAUGGGACCAAGCAGUCUUCAACGAGGAACUGUUCUUCCCAUCUCAUCCAGGUUAUGAAGGCCUUUAUGCGUCCAGAAGAACCAUGGAUAUUUAUCUAUUCAUGAACAGCAAAGUUCUCUUCAAGACUGUGAGGAAAGACGCUCAGCUCAAGAAGCUAAAGCCAGUGAUUGUGCAUUUGAACUACCAUCCAGACAAGUUAGACCGGAUGAAAGCUGUUAUUGAAUUCUAUGUGAAUGGAAAGCAAGAUGCGCUGCAACGUUUCCCUGACGGAUCUGAAUGAGGAAAUUGCAGAUUUUUCUGGUACAGAAAUAUACACUCGUCAUAUCCUUGUGGUUGUGUGGUCGUCAUAUCAAAGCGUGAAUGUUUGAUGAUCUGAGUGCCAUAUGGAUCCGUUGAGCUUGAGCUAUUUGGACGUCACUUUAGUCUCUACUAACCUCAACAGUUCUGUAGCAAACAUGGAGUAGCUUAGAUGUCUGAUCACAUUUUUCUUUUUAAUCUGAGUUGUUGACAUUGGAAUUUCGAAGCCGUGGUGGUUGCCAUGUACUCAGGCUACCAGCGACAUGCUUUGAUGCUGGUGUUUCCUUGUAUCGUGGUUUGCUCGAGAGUUUGAGAACCAAUUACAGUUUUGAUGAUACGAAUUCGAUAUUUAUCCGCAGUUGAAACAGUGCUGUGGACAGGGUUUGAGCA